AUGAGUAAAAAAAAAUAUUAUGAGAUUCUUGGAGUAUCAGAAAACGCUUCAGAAGCAGAAAUAAAAAAAGCCUAUCGCAAAUUAGCCUUAAAAUGGCAUCCAGAUAAAAAUCCUGGCAGUAAAGAAGCUGAGGAAAAAAUGAAAGAAAUUAACCAGGCUUAUGAAGUACUUUCUGACCCUAAAAAACGCCAAAAUUAUGACCGUUAUGGCAGUUCGGAAGAUCCUAUGCGAGGUUUUGAUUCAGGUGGAUUUGGCAGCGGUCGAACCGGUGAUUUUUUUGAGGAUAUCAUGAGAACCUUUUUCGGCGGAGAUGAUAGAUAUUCAAGUCAAAGAACUCGAUCUAAAACUUGCCCGAAUUGUCGUCAAACUGGUGCUUAUUCUCAAAAUGAUAUUCAAGAGUGUCCAACUUGUCAGGGAACAGGUAUAGUCAACACUAUUCAAAGAACUGUCCUGGGAACAAUCCGUACUCAAAUUGAUUGUUCUAGUUGCCGAGGGGAAGGAAAGAAGAUUAAAAGAAAAUGCGAGAAGUGUAAAGGAACAAAAUUUAUAUCUAAGCAAGAGACGAUUCCUCCUCUUGUUAUUCCCCCCGGGGUUAAAACAGGAGAAGCAUUAAGGUAUAAGGAGAUAGGUAAUGAUGGCUUACAUGGUGGAAAAAAAGGAGAUAUUUGCACAAUUAUAAAGGUCAAAGAAAAUUCUUAUUUUAAGCGUAAAGGUAACGAUAUUCAUGUAGAUUUGCCUAUUUCUUUCUUAGAUGCAAUCUUAGGAAAUAAAGUUAAGGUAAUUACUUUGGAAACCAGAAUUGAAAAUGGGGAAGUGAAAGGCUUGAAAGAAAUUGACAUACCCGCUGGCAGUCAGCACGGAGAUUGUUUAACCUUGCCGGGCAAGGGUUGUUAUUCAGAAAUUAAUGGAGCAGCACUCUUAAAUCAUACCAAAAUUGUUAUUAAAAGAGUAAGAAAUGAAUUAGAUAGGUUAAAUAGCACUCGUUUUUCUGAAGAUGAAUUUGUCCUCAAUGAUGAGAGAGAAAGUUUAAUAAGAGAAAUAAAAAAUGUAGAGAAUUCCUUACUGAAUGAAGCGGAAACUAUUCAAAGGCAGAUUGAUGAAAAAAAGGGGGUUUCCCUCUCUUCUUUUCAACACAAAGACCUUAAACUCGGGUAUUGUUAUCUUUGUAAUGUUAGCAUUGGUAAAGAUUUUUCUUAUAAGUUAAGAGAGGAAGAGCAAAGAAUUUGGGAAAUUGAUAUUGCAAAAGGAGCUGAGUUUUGCUCGCGAAAAUGCUUUUUAAAUUACUGUAAGGAAUACAGAAGGCAUCAAGAACUUCGUCAAAAAGAAAAAAAGGAGAAUCGAAAGAGAAUUGAGCAUGAUCAAGUUUUGAUUAGUAAGAUACAGAGCAAAAUAACCAACUUGAUAGAAAGGAUUGAUAAAUUAGAAAAAAAAGAAAUGGAAUUAGAAUUAACCCCUCCUGAAAAAAUCCAAGAGGAAAAUAAAAAAAUAGAAGAAGUGAAAGCAGAGAAAUCUAAGUUGGAAAGUGAGUUAGAAGUCUCUCAGGGAGAACUGAAAGAUGUUUGGAUAAAGUUAGCUGCGGACAAGCAAGAAGAACAGCAGCAUCUCGAAAGCGAAAAAAAACUUCUUCAACAAAAAGAAAAAAACACAUUUGGUCCAACUUCUCCCUCUCGCCAAAUUCUAGAGAAGUCAAAUAUCAAUCCUUUUACUAAAGUUCGUGACUUAACUUAUGAACAAAUUCAUCUUGUUAGAUUAGGGAUAAGGGAGUUUUUAACUGAGGGGGAAUUAAAAGAAAAAAUUGAAAAAAAUAUUGACAACCAAAAUAAACUUGGGACUUAUCAUGGUCUUCGACGAGCAAAAAAAUUGCCCAUACAUGGUCAAAGAACUAGGCAUAAUGCUCAGACUGCUAAAAAAGGUGGUGCAGCAACCCGGAAAAAGAUAGCAGUUGCAGGCAAGAAAAAAGCGCCAUCACCAAAAUAA